GGCGCCAUCUUCCGCGGCGCGGAUUGAAUGAGCGCGCCGCACCCGGGCCGCCGAGGUGAUCCUCCUGCCGCCGCCGCCGCCGCCAUGGCGUCUCUGCCGCCCCGCGCGGGGCCCGCCACGCCGCUGUCGCCCACGCGCCUGUCUCGGCUGCAGGAGAAGGAGGAGCUGCGGGAGCUUAACGACCGCCUGGCACACUACAUCGAUCGCGUUCGCGCGCUGGAGCUGGAGAACGAUAGGCUGCUGCUCCGGAUCUCCGAGAAGGAGGAGGUGACCACUCGCGAGGUGAGUGGCAUCAAGACCCUGUACGAGUCGGAGCUGGCUGACGCCCGGCGGGUACUGGAUGAGACAGCCCGUGAACGUGCCCGGCUGCAGAUUGAAAUCGGAAAGGUGCAGGCUGAGCUAGAGGAAACCAGGAAGAGUGCCAAGAAGCGGGAAGGUGAGCUCACAGUGUUCCAGGGCCGAGUGAAGGACCUGGAGUCCUUGUUCCACCGGAGUGAGGCCGAGUUGGCUGCAGCCCUCAGCGACAAGCACGGCCUGGAGACAGAGGUGGCAGAGCUGCGAGCGCAGCUGGCCAAGGCAGAGGAUGGUCACGCUGUGGCCAAGAAGCAGUUGGAGAAGGAGACCCUGAUGCGCGUGGACCUGGAGAACCGCUGCCAGAGCCUGCAGGAGGAGCUGGCUUUCAGCAAGAGUGUGUUUGAGGAGGAGGUGCGGGAGACCCGACGGAGGCAUGAGCGGCGCUUGGUGGAGGUGGACAGCAGCCGGCAACAGGAGUAUGACUUCAAGAUGGCUCAGGCCCUGGAGGACCUGCGCAGCCAGCACGCUGAGCAAGUGCGUCUGUACCGGCUGGAGCUGGAACAGACCUACCAGGCCAAGCUGGACAACGCCAAGCUGAUCUCGGACCAGAAUGACAAGGCAGCCCGUGCAGCCCACGAAGAGCUCAAGGAGGCCCGCAUGCGCGUGGAGUCCCUCAGCUACCAGCUCUUAGGUCUCCAAAAGCAGGCCAAUGCCGCAGAGAACCACAUCCGAGAGCUGGAGGAGGCCUUGGCUGGGGAACGUGACAAGUUCCGCAAGAUGGUGGACACCAAGGAGCGGGAGGUGACAGAGGUGCGCGACGCCAUGCAGCAGCAGCUAGCGGAGUACCAGGAGCUGCUGGACGUCAAGCUGGCCCUGGACAUGGAGAUCAGCGCCUACCGCAAGCUGCUGGAGGGCGAGGAGGAGAGGCUUAAGCUGUCCCCCAGCCCUUCAUCACGCGUCACCAUCUCUAGGGCCACCUCGAGCAGCAGCAGCAGCGGGGUUAGCAUGUCUGUGGGGCAGGGCCGGGGCAAGCGCCGCCGGCUGGAGACUGAGGACACCCCAGGCUCACCCAGCAGUGCCUCCAGCGUGAGCAGCGGCUCCUCACUGGCCCAGCAAGCUGUGGCCAUGGGUGUUGUGAGCAUCGACGAGGUGGACCUGGAGGGCAGGUUCGUGCGCCUUAAGAACUCUUCAGACAAGGACCAGUCUUUGGGGAACUGGAGGAUCAAGAGACAAGUUCUUGGGGGUGAGGACAUCGCCUACAAGUUCACACCCAAGUAUGUCCUGCGGGCCGGCCAGAUGGUCACGGUGUGGACAUCUGGUGCAGGGGCUACCCACAGCCCCCCAUCAACCCUUGUGUGGAAGAGCCAGAGCAGCUGGGGUUCCGGGGAGAGCUUGCGCACUGUCCUGGUCAACGCAGAUGGCGAGGAGGUAGCCGUGCAGGCUGCGAAGCAGUCGUCUGUCCAGGGGCGAGAGAAUGGGGAAGAGGAGGACGAGGAAGAGGCAGACUUUGGCGAAGAAGACCUGUUCCACCAGCAGGGGGACCCAAGGACUACCUCAAAGGGCUGCCGGCUGAUGUGAAACCUCCCCCACGGUUACCAUGGUCCCCAGAGCCCCUAAAAUUAUUUUUUUAUGGUCUGCUCUCACUAGCCCUUGGUACAUUUCUAGACGACUGUUAAGCAGCCGUGAGAAUGUGGGUGGCUCUGCUGGGUUUCCAAGAUGGAGGUGUCCUGCCCACAGGCCUCACCUGGCCCCAUGAUGAUAUAGAGGCUUGGGCUGGGAACCUGCAGCCUGAGGGACUUGGGCCUGGAUCUGGGGCAAGAGAAUGGCUGCUAGCUCAGGGUGGACCUUGGAGGAAACUGUGGUGAUUCAGUCAUUCUCUUUGAAGCCUUUCAAAUCAAAUCAAAUUCAGAAUCCAAGAGGUCUAUGGGUUCACUAGCCUCUCAGGAUGUGGUGGCUCUUAGGACAUGAGGCAGGCUCUCUCUCUCCUGGAGUUGAUGGCACUGACGGAGCACCUGAACCCAGGGGUGUCCAGCUUUGUGCUCUGAGUCUGAGGGCUUUAUAACAGUCCCCAGCUUCAGGGCAUCCAUAAGCUUCUCUGGGCCCGGAUUCUAAAAUGUUCUAGUCCCUUCUAAAGCUGAAGACCAAGAAGGAGGGAACUCACACGUGGGAGGACUCCUCCCAUCCUAAGACUGAGGGGACAGGCAGAUUGUGGGCAUUGUGCCUUUAGGAUCAAAGGCUGCGGGUUCCCAGCCAGUGACUGCUCACAAGAGUGUGGCCAGGCUGUGCUCCUGGCCUCACCUGUAUGUACACUACGUGGCCCCUCUGUGCCCCACCCCGAUGGCGAGGCCUGUCAACUUAGCGCCAGGAGUCAGCCAUUUUCGCCUGUCACUUCCCUACCACUGACACAUGGUAUUUUUUUAAAGAAUAUUUAUUUUUUUACAUCAAUCAGUAACACAGCUCACUGGGACGCCGCUCUGGGGGUUCAGGCCUGGAGCUGCCAUGACUUGGGGUUACCUAUGACAGCUUCCUUUACUGAGCUGUAGGGAGUGCUGUUUCCCUCUUGGUACAGCUGAUAGUAGGAAGACUUUAGUUAGGCCUGGUCUCCCUCAAGGCAAGAGCUUGUGGCCACAGGAUGCCACCACUGCCACUGAACUCCAGAACCCACCAGCCACCUCCUGCUUUUAGAUACCUCCAUUUUCUUUGUGACCGGUGUUGGAUCCUGGAUAGCCGUGGCUGGCUGCAGAAACUGCAGCCCUGCCCAUAGGGCAGGUGCCCUCCGGUUGUACUCCGCACUGGAGCUAGUUUCUUAUGUUUGAGGAGCAGGUCUAGAGUAAUCUGCACGUCCUCAGAGGUCUGUUUCUGGCCCCGGCUAGGGGAGGUGGUUACCAGAGUGGCACUGCUGCUGGGGAGCCGCCUGGACUGCGCACAUCGCUCAGCUCUGCAGUGUUUCUUUUAUAAGAUGCAUGCCAAGCGUAUGUUCCACCCUUUCUUUUCCUCCUGUGAUUUGUAAUAUACAUUUUACAACUGGAAACUUUUGUACACUCAAAUAAACACUGAUUUUUUAACUGCA